CAAAAGGGAAUAGAAGGUGCGUGGGGGACAACAAUUUUGUGUUUUCAGCAGGAUGAAGAUUUUCCACAGUCGACUCUCGCAUUGCUAGGGGCCCCGCUAUCAGUGUUCCUAGCGUUUAAAUUAUCCCUCAGUAACCUUAUCUACAUGGCACUGUUUAAAUAUGGACAGUUGAGCCUUCGGCAAUUUACAGCUCUUGGAGUAUCCCUUAUGGUGCUGGGACUGUUUCUGACGUCUUUUGCCGAUAGUCCCCAAUUUGUGGCUGUAUCUUUUGGUAUUCUUUCGGGAAGUGGCAUUGGGGUUUUAACAGUUUGCACGUAUAUAGUGAUAGCACUUUGGUUUCCAUGGUCUCACCGGUUUCAUGUUUUCUCAACGAGUGUGUUGUCUGCAAUGGAUCCCCUUGGUCACCGAAUAUUCAGAAACCGCCAUGGUCUGUGCGUUCUAAAGUCGUUACUCAUGGAAUUUGGUCAAUAGCAAUGUGCUGUAAAGGAAUUGCUUAUUUCAUACCAAUGGUUAUAUUACCAAAACAUUUGAUAGACCUUGGUUAUAAGGAAGCCGACGCAGUGAAAGUUAUAUCAGUAUUUGGGACCGUAGGUGCGAUUGGACAGGCGUUUGCCUCAUUGGUUGGGGAUUAUGUGAAGGGAUAUAUUAUUGUGGUGAACCUUGUGGCGGCUACGGUGCUCACUGUGAAUAAUAUUAUAGCAGCAUAUUCGACAUCUUUGACUGCUGUAUAUGUAUAUUGUGCUGUCUCGGGUUUUUUUCUUGGUCCAUACCUUGCCGGGUAUUAUGCUGUCAACAAUGAAAUCAUGGACGGAGAGAAUAUCUAUACGUUAUUCAUGACAAUGCGUUUGAGCAAAGGAGUCGGAGCUACCGUGGGACCCUACUUGGCAG